GGUCUGGGUGGUGCAUUGGUGACCUUCCCGUUGCAGUUACAGCUUUGGGGGCAGCCCCAUGUGCCCAGGGCGGCAGGUGGGCCCGUGGCCCUUGGUGCAUUCGAGCCGUUCUCGUCCCUGCAGGGGCCCCCGUCGCGAUGUCUGGCCUCGUCCUUCCCGCUGCCCCGGCAGCCCGUGCCCCCGCUGGCCCAGACGCUGGAGCGGUACCUGCGCUCGCUGGAGGUGCUGGUCACGCCCGAGGAGCUGGAGGAAACCCGGGAACUGGUGCAGGAGUUCGGGGCGCCCGGCGGGGAGGGGGAACGGCUGCAGGCCCAGCUGGAGCGCAGAGCCGCCCGCAUGGAGAACUGGCUCUCAGAUUGGUGGGUGCAGAGCGCGUAUCUGGAGAGCCGCUUACCCCUCGCCGUCCACUCCAGCCCGGCCGUCGUGCUCCCCAAACAGGACUACAGCGACUGGAGGGGGCAGCUCCGGUUUGCGGCGAAGCUCAUCGCGGGGGUGCUGGAUUUCAAGGCUAAGAUUGAUCAGCAGGCACUGCUGGUGGAGUACCGGGGGGGGCACCCCCAGUGCAUGGCCCAGUACAGCCGCCUCUUCGCCUCCUGCCGCCUGCCCGGCCCCAAGCACGACGGGCUCCUGCUGCCCGUCCCGGGGCGCCGGGCCCCCACCUUCAUCACCGUCGUCCGCAACUUCCAGUUUUUCCAGGUGGAGGUGUACAACAGCGACGGGACCCCCCUCACCGUGGACCAGCUGCACCUGCAGCUGCAGCGCGUCCGGGGGCUGUCGUGGAAGACGGACAAGGAGCCGCUGGGGGUGCUGACGGGGGAUCACCGGCACACCUGGGGCCAGGCCUACAGCACCCUCAUGAGAGACCGGCUAAACCGGGAGUCGGCCCGGUGCAUCCAGCACAGCCUCUUCACCGUCUGCCUCGACGCCCCGGUGCUGAAGGUGUCGGACGAGCGCUACCCCAGCCGCGUCGCCGCCCAGAUGCUGCACGGGGGCGGCAGCUACUCCAACAGCGGCAACCGUUGGUUUGACAAGACCCUGCAGUUCAUCUUGGGGGAGGACGGCGUUUGUGGGGUGCUGUAUGAACAGGCCGUGGCCGACGGGGCCCCCAUAGCAACCAUCAUCGACCAUGUUCUCGAUUACUGCAAGGACCCCGACACGGCGCGCGCCCCCAUGACGCCCCUGCCCCUGCCCCCAAAGCUGUACUUCUACAUCACCCCCGAGAUCCAGUGGGACAUCGAGCGAGCCAAACAGAACCUGGACAUCCUGAUCACAGACCUGGACAUCAGCUGUUUCACCUACCGGGGGUUCGGGCAGGGGCUCCCCAAGCGCUGGGGGCUGCGCCCCGACUCCCUCUUUCAGGUGGCGCUGCAGCUGGCCUACUACAGGACCCACGGCUCGCUCUGCGCCACCAGCGAGGUGGUGUCACUUCGCCGCUUCCACCUGGGCCGGACGGACGCCGUGCGCCCCGCGGCCCCGCCGGUGCUGCGCCUGGCCCGGGCCAUGGACAUGCCCCACGGCCAGGACGAGGAGACGCUGUCCCUGCUGCAGGCGGCGGUGGAAUCUCAGAGCGCCAGGACCGAACAGGUGCUGGCCGGGCAGGGCAUCGACCGGCACCUGCUGGGGCUGAAGCUGGCGGCCAUCGGGGACGGGCAGCGGCUGCCGGGGAUCUUCAUGGACACGGCCUACGCCAUCGCCACGCACUGCCGGCUGCUGACCGGCCAGGUGGCUUCGCGCUCCGACUGCCUGAUGAUCUACGGGCCGCAGGUGCCAGACGGCUACGGGGUCUGCUACAACCCGCUGGACGCCCACGUCAACUUUGCCAUCACAGCCUUCAACUGCUGCCGUGAGACCCACGCCCAGCGCCUGGCCCGGACCCUGCAGCAGGUCCUGGACCAGCUCGCCCGCCUGCUGGGGGAGAGCCCGGGGGGCGCUGACAGGGAGGGGGGCGGGGACGUAGAGGGGCAGCCCUGAUGGCCCCCUGCCUGCCACCACACACUCCAUCUACCCACAAUGCCCCUCUGCAGCACUCCUCGCCCCCUUACCCACAAUCCUCCUGCCCAGAACCCCUCUGCCACCCCCCACCCAACAUCCCCUUCUGUGCCCCCUCGCUCCCUACCCAGAAUCCUCUAUGCGUCCCCUGCCAUCCUACCCAGAAUCCCCUUCUGUGCCCGCUCCCCUCCUUACCCACAAUCCCCUCUGCGCGGGGGGCAGCCCCCCCCCCCCCCC